AUGGAUGUACUGGAUAAGCAGGAUGGAGAUGAUGAUUUUAAUGGAGUUGAUAAAAUUUCAAGGGAUGAAAUAACAAUUGUGUCAGAAGAGAUCUAUCACAUUAUGAAGGACAGUAGAUUUAUUCUUAUUUUCCAUUCCGGGGUUGAUGAUGAGAUCGAUCUAUAUCCCCUUGGUAUUCCUUCAUUUGGCAAGUUCACAAAGAACAUAAUGAUAUGGACAUACAAAAGGAGGAUAUUGACCAUAACAGAAUACGAACAACAUAAACUAAUACAAAAACUGAGGUACACCCAUCUUUUGGCUUAUGAUAGAGAAAAAUAUUUAACAAGUGGACAGUUGUAUGCACUAUUGUGUAAAGAGGCUGCCCUCAUAGCUGCUCGCUAUCAAUGCUUGUGGGGAGUCAAUCCAAUGAAGGUUGCUGACUGUUAUGUUUACACACUAUUCCUGCAACGUAGUUUUCACAACAAGACCAAUUCUGAUUGGGUUGGUGUUGCUUCCAAUUGUUGGAUAUGUGAUGGGAUACUGCAGAAAGACAUAACAUUGGAGAUACAUGACGUGUUGCACCGAGAGAUAAGCUGGGAGUGUGAUGAUAAUGUGCUCGCAAAGUUCAAGAAAGAUUUCAAGCUUCCUUUCCUGAUUGUUAAAGAAGAUGGUGUGUAUGAAGAAGGACAAUACCGUUGGAUUUCAACCAGGUCAAGUGAUAGGGAAAUACAUGCUAUGAAAUCUUUACCUGAAGAGACAUCGUCAUUCUUCUUGGAAUUUGUAAUGUCCGAUAAGCCAGUAGCAUUACCAGAUGGUUUGUUUGAACAUUCCAACAACCUUGGUGUGCUAUCCCUCUGUUGUUGUGCCUUCAAUUUUGCAUCACCUCCUUUCUUGAAAUGCCAUGGCCUACGAUUCCUUGGGCUGGACAAUUGUACAGAUGACAAAACAGGUGAAGGAAAGGAUUAUGCCGGGUGGGUUUCUCUGCAUAGCUUGUGGGUGUUGGACCUACGCUACACUGUGUGGAAUGAAAUCUUAUCGCAGGAAAAGUUGGAUCUAAUGGAUAACCUCGUGGAGCUUAGCAUGGAGGGAGUCUGGUGUUGGCAGUACAUAAGUUGCUUACAAGGCCGGCUACCGAAUCUUCAAAGGCUCAGGAUAAUCAAGCCUACACGUGGACCCGAUAUUUCAACAGAUCCAAGCAACUCCUUCAUGGACAAAGCAAAGCUAGAAAUACUUGACCUGUCUGGCAACAGUGAGAUGAACAUUGUACCAAACAGCCUAUCUAAGGCAAGUAGGCUCGAAGUGCUUAUUCUGGAUGGUUGCAAUGAGCUUAAAGAUGUUGUUGUCCCUGAUGGGCUACCUCGCUUGCUGAAGUCCUUCAGCUUUGAUGGAUAUGGGUCUGUUUCCUGCCGGGCACCAACUGUUGAGCUACCUUCGAAACAAGAACGUCCAUCUACCCCAACAACAAAGGAGGGUGCCAGUAUCUCUAAGAUUUCCCUCGAAGGUUGCUCACAAUUGGAGAAUUUGUUUGUUCGUGGAUUGGACAAUCUCGUUGAGCUUGACCUCUCCGGAGCUGCAAUCAAGACACUUAAUUUCAAUACUAUGGUGUUAGAAGUACCAACGUUGAAGCGAUUAUUUCUGCUAGGAUGUGAGCACCUUCGGGCAAUAAUUUGGAGCAGCCUUACUGAUAGCUUCAAGUUGGAAUUGUUAUGCAUUGAUACGCGAGCUGGAACUGGCCGUUCUCGGCCAUGCAUUGACCGGAACAAUUCCUUUCAGUUGGAGGUGCACGCCAUUGUUGUGGAUGCAAGGCUUGCUCGGUCAGUGUGGCAACUAUUAUGUAAUCAUUAUGCAGCUGCUGAGAAUGUUUAUCUUAAUAUCCAUGUCACCUCUGCUGUGUAUAGUGAGCUGAGUCAAUCCAAAGUGAAAGAAAAGGAGAAGAAGAUUGACAUGUAUGGAGAUCAAGUUAGCCUGCUGCAGCUUGUUCAAGCAGACCGGUACAGUGAUGUCCAAAGCAUGGUUGGUGAUGCCCCUGCUGCAGCCUUUCCUAAGCCUCCGGCUAACAACCUGGAUCGGCAUAUCGAGAUUACUAAAGGGAGCCACGUCUUGGACAGUGGACUGGGAUAUGUGAUGACAAGGUUUGCUGAUUCCCUGCAUGUCCACGAUGUCUCAACUAGUGCUAGUUUGCCGACGGGAUACAGCCCGCAGGUUCUCAGGCAAUGCCGCAUGGAGAGGUGCCCCAAGUUGGGUGAAGUCUUCCAGAGGGGAUCACGUGAAUUUUGGCAGCUGGAGACCUUUUGGGCGUCAGAUCUCCUGAUGGCCAGCUGGAUAUGCAGUAAAGGUGGUUACCGUUACCACGGGUUCAAUGAUGGUUCGUUCGGAAAGCUGCAGCAUCUACGGUUGCGCUCUUGCCCCAGGCUCCAGUUCGUGCUCCCUGUGUGGUUCCGCUCCUUCCCAAGUUUGGAGACCCUCCACAUCAUCCACUGCGGAGACCUCAGGCACAUAUUCGUGCUAGACGAGAAAUGGUGGUACCCAGAUAUCAUCCAAGUUGUAGCAUUCCCAAGGCUGACAACCAUCCACCUGCACGACCUGCCAGUGCUGCAGCAGAUCUGCGAGGUGGAGAUGGUGGCACCAAAGCUCAAUACCAUCAAGAUCAGAGGAUGCUGGGGCCUGCGCCGGCUGCCGAUUGUAAUACUAGGAGAACGGAUUUCAGUUUGUGCUUCUAUUAUGCUUGGUAUCGAUGAAUUGUAUAUUGUCGUAUAUGCUCUUGUUAGUGUAACAAGCGUGCUUGACAAUUUUCAUGAGAAACGAUUUUUUUUUGACGUGAACAGCAAGAGCUCUGCUUUUGCAUUGAAGAAGAAAAGAAGUAUUACAAGACAGUCAGCCGGGGACAGGGGGAACCCAGCCGGCACUCUGAAGACAAGAGCAUAUGCUCUCAAAAGUCGAAAUGGAUUUGCCAUCUUUAAUGGGUCUACGCUUUGA